CCUGGGCUGUACACUCCAAACCUCCUCAUCUCAGUUGCAGAGUUUCAAAUAAAAAGGAGCUGGUGUAUUCCUUCGACUUCCAUUCAACACUGCAGCAAUGUCAUAUGGAGCUAUCGAUGGCAGCAGCUUCAGUGGACGCAACCCAUUUGGAGGACCUUCAAGACAAGGAUAUCAGCCUUUAGCAUCUCAGAUUGACCCCAAUGAAAUUCAAGAGGUGUUCCAGGAACUUACAGCAAACAUCUUCCGCAUUAACACCAACGUGACUUCCUUAGAGAAGAGCCUGCAAGCUCUGGGGACACCUAAUGACACACAAGAGCUUAGAGAUGGACUGCACACAACGCAGCAGGAGACGAAUAAAACCAUCAGCUCUUCAACAAAGUAUAUUAAGCAGCUCUCGGAAAUAGUGCGUGGAUCAUCCAGGCGAGAAUGGUUGCAGUUGGAUAGGCUUAAGAACCAGCUUUCGGACUCUAUCCAGCGCUAUGGAGGGUUGCAGAAGAAAGUUGCUGAGAAGUCCAGAGCAUUGCUUCCUGCACCACAGAAAGGCAGACAGAUUGCCAGGAACCCAUUCACAGAGAUCAGUGAUGAGGACGAGUUCUUUGGCAGAGGGUCCAGCAAAUGGCAAGCAGAUGACACUUCAGAUCCAACUCAGGCCCAGAGUCAGGCAUUCCUUUCCGAAAUCACAGAGGAUGAAGUGGAAUCUGUAAAACAAAGAGAGGAGGCAAUAUUACAGAUUGAGGCAGACAUGCUUGAUGUGAAUCAGAUUAUCAAGGAUCUAGCAUUACUGGUACAUGAACAGGGUGAAAACAUUGAUAGCAUUGAAGCCAACAUUGAGAAUGCAGCUUCAAAUGUUGUUUCAGCUAAUGAGCAAUUGGAAAAAGCAAAUCAGCAUCAGAAAAGAGCUCGGAAGAUGAAAUGCUGCUUCAUUCUGACCGGUGUGAUUAUUUUGUCUGUCAUCAUUAUCAUCAUCGUGGUUUCGGUGAAGCACUGAACUUGGCACAAUACACCUGCAGGCUUCCUUGAACUUUGCAGAACAUUCUCCCAGCUUCUGGAACCACCCAGACACCAUUAGCCACAUGGCCGCUCCUUCCAUGACCACCGGGACAAUCGAUGACGUCCUCUUCCUCCUCCAAUGCCACUGCACGGCCUGCAGCCACUGCUCAUCACCUCUGAGAUUGCCAUCCACCAACCAUCUCCAUAACUACAGACAAGACUAUGACCGCAGGAUACACUGGCGUCGCGGGAUUCACUAUCACACAUGUGACACUUACCUUGUCAUCA